UACCGCAUAUCAUUUACAUUUUGGUCUGACCGUUUCAGCUAAUCCCUUAAGAAUACUAGUAUUCGUCUUCCCCUGUAUAAAUAGACUUGUCUGGCUCUUAGAAAACCCCCAAUUCCAUCUGAAAAAACUUCAAAUAGAGAUCAGAUUUAUGCAGUAGAGGAUGAGCAAUAUCCCAAAAUCUCUAACAGAUUCUUCUUUUACCCUCUUCAAACUCGCCAUCUCGGCUUCUGAUCCUUGGCCUUUCUCUCUUGUUUUCUUAUAGCUACUACAUACUCUGUUUUUUUUUUUCAAUUUUAAUUUGGAUACAGAAAUGGGUCAUAAUCAUCAUCUGAAUUUCCAUUUUCAUGUUCCUCAUAUUCACUUCCAUCUCCAUCAUCAUCAUCAUCAUGGGAAGAGAGAAUUGAAGGAUAUACCAAAAGGGUGUCUAGCAAUAACAGUAGGACAAGGUGAAGAGCAACAGAGGUUUGUGAUACCAGUGAUAUAUAUAAAUCAUCCACUUUUUAUGCAGUUGUUGAAGGAAGCAGAGGAAGAAUAUGGAUUUGAUCAUAAUGGACCUAUUAAUAUUCCUUGUCAUAUUGAGGAAUUUCGACAUGUUCAAGGCAUGAUUCAGAAAGAAACUACUUCACACCACCAAACUCACAACAACCCCUGGUGCUUCAAAGCAUGAUUUCUUCUUUUUCUUUUCCAAUUUUUUUUUUCUGUUUUCCAAGAUGUUCAUAAACAUAAUUGUUGUGAAAGACGAUGACGAAAAUUGAAUGA